CCGUUGUUUUUUCGAGAAAAAAAAGGGGGUGGCAGCGGCGGCGGUGGCUCAUAAAACAAGCGUACAUUUGGCUCAACUGAAAGACGGACACGACUCAGAAUCCAAAAUAUUAACACACUCAGACAUAAUAAAUAUUUUCUAUAAUUUUUCCUCACCUUCAGAUAUCGACGAUCCUGCACCGGAGUGUAAAAUUGCAGCAGGCACAACCAAGGUCUUUAGCUGGGAUCCAGUAAAACUUUUGGUUCGAGAUGGCUAAACUGAAAUCCAAGAAAAAGAAGAGACAGGAUGACUUCCAAAAAGUGAAAUUAAAAGUGGGAAAGAAGAAGCCAAGAGCAGACAACGCCACCAAUACAAACUUUCGCACAAAGGGAAUAUAUCUGCCCGAACAACUGAAGACAGACACCAGUGGUCCGAUCACAAACAGGCAGCUUGGCAUCAAUGACCUGUUGUCUCAGCUCCACCAUUAUAAUGCCAAUGUCAAGCACGGUGCCUUGUUGGGCUUGAGGGAGCUGUUGUUGGUGAAUCCCUCUCUGUUAGAGCAGCAUUUGUCACGUUUGCUGUCCGAGGUAGCUGCUGUGUUCACAGACAAGGAUGCCAAUGUUCGGGUGGCAGCCACACGUGUGCUCAGGUAUAUUGCCCAGUCUGUGCCCGCGGAGCGAGUGGCUCCAUUUUUCCCCCUCCUCAGUGCCCACCUGUGUUGCGCUAUGACUCACAUUGAGUUGAGCAUCCAAGAAGACGCCAUGAAAGUCCUGGAUGUGCUGUUGGAGCACUACCCAGCCCUGCUUGCUGCACGGCCAGCCGUGCUCCUCACCAACUUCCUGGAGUUAAUCUCUCACAGACAGACCAAUGGAGGAGCUAAAAAGGAACAGGAGGCCAAGGGACGCACUUGGGCUCUCUCCGUCAACCCCAACAGGACCGUUACCAGCCAGCAGUGGCGCCUCUCAGUGCUCCUUAGACUUGGGCGCUUCCUACAGGCAGUAGUCGAGGAAAGACCCGUGGAGGAUGGUGAUAUGUCGGCCCCAUCUGAGGGAGUGUUUGGUUCAAGUGGUGAGAGCAGGAUUACGCCAGUGAAUGCCGUCUGGGAAGAGCUCAUAUACAGCAAGAUCGGAGUUCAGGUGUAUGAGAAUUCUGGGAGCAAACCAAGCCCGCAUUCCACAUUUAAACUCAGACCAAAUUCAGAUCAUCCAGGUGAAACAUGUGAAGGUUUCGACUCGGCGGAGGCUGUCCAGAGCUUUGCAUCGACUCUGGUGCCGCUUUUGCUUGAAGUGUGGGUGGAAGCCAACACCAGUGACUCUCCUUGGAGCCACUCUGACGGCGGUCACCUGUUGAGCCCAGACGCCAUGUCCGUCAUGUUCCAGGUUCUGUCUAUUUUGCAACUGCUUCGAAAACUGGCACCGCGGAAGGAGCAUGAAGAUGCGCUGGAUGCAUGGUUCCGCAAGGAAUACUUAGGAGAGUUCAAGCAGCACUUUAUGAAAAAUUUUCCGUACAGCCUUCAUGACGCACCCAAACAUAAAAAGAAAGUAAAUACCAAGAGGGCUAAGCAGACCGCAGCUCUCCCCGACGCUCACGUCGAUCCGCUGGCGCUGAACAUCACACUUUGCCAGGUGAUGGUGUCACUGAGCCAGAGGCAGGGAGUCGGCCGCGAGGCGGACGGAGACUGGCUGACGUCCCUGAGGACUUUUGUGCGAGACACGCUCGGCGGCGAAGUGAAGCUCAGCUAUCGGCAACUGCACAUGCUGCUCGGGACUGUGUGGAAGAUGGUGCUCACGCAAAAAAGCAAAAUGACAGAAGACCUGCUGGCAGCAAUGUACUCGUACUAUCAGCAGAGGCACCUGACACUACAGACCAGGUCUCUUCUGCUGUCUUUCUACAGCAAGAUCUACCUGCAGGAGCAGGGACAGUCACAUAUUACAAGGAGUAAAGUGCUCAGUCGCUGGCUGGCCUUUCUUCCUGUGCAGUUGUCCCAGCUGGGCCACCGUAACCCCGCUCUGUCCGCCCUGCUCAUCCAAUCCAUCCAGGCUGCUGCUUCCCGAGGCAACAAAGACCUGCUCAGCAGCCUACAGAUGCACGCCUGCAAGCUUUACGAUCCGCAGGAAGGUGCUGUGGUUCUUCUGCCGUCAGAGUGCCAGCAACGAAUGGUGCAGCUGCUCUACUUCCUUCCCAAGAUGUCUCGCGCUCUCCUGGCCAAUCUGAGCUUCUGCUGCAGCACCGGACGAAUCUCUGCUGGCCUUGCCGCCUCUCUCAUUCGUAUUAUACACAUGAGGUCAUCUCUGAGUGGAUGGUCAGUCGGGAGCCAGGAAGCGGCCCUACAGGAUGUGGACUACAUCAGCUUCCUGUUCUCCACCCUGACGGGCUUCUCAUGCGAGCAGCUAGCCUCCCUGCAGGAGGCCGGCGACACCAGAGCGCCGCUCCCCUCGCCUCUGUCGCCCCUGAGGCUUCACCGCACCCCGCCGGACCACUUCACGCACCACUGGGACGUCGUGGAGGAAGUGUGCCAGCGUCUGGAAACUCUGGGUUCAAACGCUCAGUGCUUUGAAAUUUUACAAAAUGGCAUCUUUGAAUACAUGACCAAGCUGAGAGUGGUGCCUGACAGCAUGGCGGCCGGCCUCCUCAAAGCCGUUUCCAGGCUAAUGGACCUGUCCCUCCUGCCCAUUGAGCCUGUGUUACGCUUGUUGUCCCGCUGCUGCCUAAGCCUUCUGACCCUGCUCGUCACUCAGCAGCAGCAGCAGCAGCAGCAGCAAGACCAGCACAAAUGGGAGGCCAUUUGGGGCGUGUGCGUGGCGUCGCUGGGCACUGUGCCCCGCCUGCUGAGGAUGGUUCUGCAGCUGCGUGUGGCGGAUCUGAGCCAGGAGGAGCUGCCCCAGCUGGGACAGAUUUUGUAUAUGCUGAUGCAGCACACGCCGCUGCAUAACCAGCUCAUAGCCAACACCAGUCUGCUGCAAGAGCUCAUCCAGCAUCUCACGAGGUACUCUCGCGGUGCGACAAGGGAGCAGUGGCUGACUGACCUGCUCUACAGCUACAGCGUCACCGUGGCCCACGGCACGUCAUCUCAACGUGGAAACCUUCGAGACGUCUACUGAUGGGAGGCACACACGCACGCUCACAUUGUUCUCCAACAUGCAGUCGCUCUGACGCACAUAUAAACACUUACAAGACCGCAAUAGUGACUAUGCUUUGUACUCACAACUUAACACGAACACAGUUGGGUCAAUCUGUGCUGUUUUUUUUUUUUUUUUU